GGCGGAGCUGGGCGGCUGUUUCCUCCUUCGGAGGCCCCGGUGGCUGAGGCGGUCGGAGCCGGGCCGGAGUGGCGGGAUGGUCAUGGCGUACUUUGUAGAGAGUUUUUGGGGGGAGAAGAACAAUGGUUUUGAUGUCCUUUAUCAUAAUAUGAAACAUGGGCAUGUGUCUACAAAAGAACUAGCAGAUUUUAUAAGAGAAAGGGCUACAAUAGAGGAGGCUUAUUCAAGGUCAAUGACAAAGCUAGCCAAAUCAGCAAGCAACUGUUCACAGCUUGGAUCAUUUGCCCCAGUCUGGGAUGUUUUCAAGUCAUCGAGUGAAAAAUUAGCAAGCUGUCAUUUAGAACUUGUUCGGAAGUUGCAAGAACUUAUAAAAGAAGUGCAGAAGUAUGGAGAUGAUCAGAUAAAAGCACAUAAAAAGACAAAAGAAGAAGUAUCAGGAACUUUGGAAGCAAUGCAAAACAUUCAAAGUAUAACCCAGGCCCUCCAGAAAGCAAAGGAAAACUAUAAUUCAAAGUGUGUGGAGCAGGAACGUUUAAAAAAAGAAGGUGCAACACAGAGAGAAAUAGACAAGGCAGCAGUAAAAUCCAAGAAGGCUACUGAUACAUACAAGCUGUAUGUAGAAAAAUACGCUACAGCAAAAUCUGAUUUUGAACAGAAAAUGAUUGAAACUGCACAGAAGUUCCAAGGUAUUGAAGAAAUGCAUCUCCUCCACAUGAAAGAGAUUAUAGAGUCUUUUUCAACCACAAUAAAAGAAGUUCACUUACAAAUUGGUGAGGUCCAUGAAGAAUUUAUAAACAACAUGACAAACACAUCUGUUGAAAGCUUGAUACAAAAAUUUGCUGAGUCAAAAGGCACGGGCAAAGAGAGACCUGGACUUAUUGAAUUUGAAGAAUGUAAUACAGCCAGUGCAGUUGAAGGGAUAAAGCCAAGAAGAAGAAAGCAUUUUGGAUUACCUGGGAUUAUAAAGAAAGAAAAAGAUGCAGAAUCUGUAGAAUGUCCAGAUGCCGAUUCAGUUAACAUUCCGGAUGUAGAUGAAGAAGGAUAUAGCAUUAAACCAGAAGCUAGUCAGAAUACCAAAGAGAACCACUUCUAUUCAUCAAGUGAUUCUGACUCUGAAGAUGAUGAACCAAGGAAGUUUCAUGUGGAAAUUAAACCUGUACAGCCAAACAAUAGUUCUCAUUAUACUAUGCCUUCACUGGAUGAAUUAAAAGAAUCAAUAGGAAACAUCACACUUUCACCAGCAAUAUCUAGACAUAGUCCUGCACAAAUGAACCGAAACUCAUCUAGUGAAGAAUUAACAAAAUUGAAACUUUCUCUUUCAUCUAAUGAGAAGGGGACCAAUGAUCUCUGGGCAUGGGACCCACUCUUUAGAAACUCUGGUGACUCAUCCUCCUUGACCUCAACAAUAUCUUCAUCUUCAUCAGCAAGGCCAACAACCCCUCUUUCUCUGGGUGCCUUAGUGCCUCCUCCAAGACCAACUUCCAGACCAAAGUUGCCUACAGGGAAGCUCAGUGGAAUUAAUGAAAUUCCAAGGCCUUUCAGCCCUCCUUUGACCUCCAAUUCCAGUCCACCUCCUCCAGCUCCGUUGGCACGUGCAGAGAGUUCCUCCUCAAUAUCCUCUUCUGCAUCAUUAAGUGCAGCAAAUACACCUACAGUUGGUGUUUCACGUGGUCCUAGCCCUGUCAGCCUUGGAAACCAGGACACGUUGCCUGUUGCAGUAGCUCUUACUGAGUCUGUUAAUGCCUACUUUAAAGGAGCAGACCCUACAAAGUGUAUUGUGAAGAUCACUGGUGAUAUGACAGUGUCAUUCCCAAGUGGAAUUAUUAAAGUCUUCACCAGCAAUCCUUCUCCAGCUGUGCUCUGCUUCAGGGUAAAAAAUACAAGCAAACUAGAGCAGAUUCUUCCAAAUGCACAACUUGUAUACAGUGAUGCAUCACAAAGUGAUUCCAAUACAAAGGAUUUUUGGAUGAACAUGCACGCUGUCACAGUCUACCUCAAGAAAUUAUCGGAACAGAAUCCCUCUGCUUCUUAUUAUAAUGUAGAUGUUCUAAAGUAUCAGGUAUCUUCAAAUGGCAUCCAAUCUACACCUCUAAAUCUUGCCACAUAUUGGAAGUGCAAUGCCAGCACUACUGAUGUCAGAGUUGAUUACAAAUACAACCCAGCAUCUAUGGCAGUGCCAAGUCUUCUGUCUAAUAUACAGGUUAUGGUACCAGUUGAUGGAGGUGUAACAAACAUGCAGUCGCUUCCACCAGCAAAAUGGAAUGCAGAACAGAUGAAAGCUUUUUGGAAAUUGUCUGGUAUUUCAGAAAAAUCAGAAAAUGGAGGCUCUGGCUCCCUCAGAGCCAAAUUUGACCUUUCAGAUGGACCCAGUAAGCCCACAACACUUGCAGUGCAAUUUAUCAGUGAAGGAAGCACUCUUUCAGGAGUAGACGUUGAACUAGUAGGCACUGGCUAUCGACUUUCCUUAAUAAAGAAGAGAUUUGCCACUGGACGAUAUAUGGCAGAUUGCUGAUGAACCCUGUGAAAAAGCAGUUCUCAAUGAAUACUUCAUUCUUACUUCCUUUCCAACACUAUUGUAACACACGUUGAUUUUUGGAAAAGUUGACUAGUUUUUGCAGUUUAUUACACAACAAAAAUGCACUUUUUAUAAAUAAGUCAUUUAAAAAAUAUUCUUUAUUUUAUAAUAGCACUGAAGCAAACUCCAACACUAUAAAAGAUCUACUGCAGUACUGAGAAACAAGAACACUCAAAACUUUAGUAUCAAUGUAGAAUAAGAGCCAAAAUAGCAAUCUUCGUGGUGUUUAGAGUAUGUUGCUGUUCUGACACCAUAAACUACACAUUAUUGUAGCUUUCUAUAAAUAUUACUCAACUAUAUUUUUUCAGUUCUCCUUAUUGCCAUUCCAUAAACAUAGUGGCAAAGUCAUUUUGUUUCACUCAUGUAUAUUUAUGUGCCAUGUCUUAGAGAGAUGUAUACAAAACAAUUUGAUUUACACAUACCAUAUAUUAUUAAGUAUACAUUGUUUUAUUAAAGAUUGUUUUAAAAAUGUAAAGUGCAAUGUUUUUAAACACAGACAGCAGAUAUAUUUACUUCUGCCAUUAGUUAAAUUUAUGGAAGUUGUAAUUUUUCAAUUAAUGCUGUAGAUUAAUUUAUUUUUAUAUGGAAUAUGUAACAUUUGUGCCUUUUUUAAACUGUGCCUGUCAAAAUGUUGUUAAUGUGCCUCUUACUUCUUUUUUCAGUGUCUAGAUCUUCUGUACAGAAAACAUGUUUUUUCUGUGUAGCAAAUACAACUUUAUAUAAUUCCCUAUUCAGGGAUAUGAAGGGAAAUUUACAAUAACUAUAGAACAGACUUUGAUGUUUAAAAUAUUAGAAGACUUCCUUGUGGCUUAAUUACAAACUAUGCAGCCACUGUAAAGGGAAUGACCUAAUUUUGAUACAUUCACAAAAAACAUCUUUCUGAUCAAAAUUUUAACUUCAUUGUCACCAAAGAUGUGUAAAAUUCUGGAGGUGCAUUUAAUAAUUAUUUUAAACUAAUAAUUUAUAACAGAACAGUUGUAGCAUUUGACUAGAGUGUUGAAGAUUCAAGUGCUUUCCGAAAUGUGAUGUGAAUGUAAAUGUUUCUUGUGAGUAGCAGCAUUCUUUAAGGAUUUAAGCUGGUGAAAAUUGCUGUUUGUGUUAAUUUCAACAAUAUUGAUUAACUAAACAUUUGGACUGAUCUCUUGAUUGCUUUGCCCCAUUUUAAAUACAGUAGCAAAUAGUGGUUUUAAACAACUGAAAUGAUCCAUUGGGAUAUUUUUUAAAGUCAAUUACUAUUUUUAGAGUUUAUGUACAAUGCUAUUAAGACCUUAUUCAAUGCUGAAAACAUGUUGUAUAUAACCAGCAGCUGAAAAUCUUAGAUUAUACCUCUAGAUUCCAUUUGUCUAUGAAAAGUAUAUUUUAAAGCAAUAAUUAAAUACUUUAUGCAACCACUAAUGAAUUGGUUGGGCAGCUUGAUAUAUAAUGCUGUAGCCACUUAAAUUUGGGUGACACACACUACGAAGGCUGCAACCAAUAACAUACGUUCUGCUGAUUCAUUAACAAUGGAACGUAUAAUUACAGUCAAAUGAUUUUAUUGGAUUCCUUUCCUUUUUAAAAUUGUUCUUUUAAAUUUUAACUAGAUUUCCAGUACAUAUUGGAUCUUUAUAUUCUAAAAUGUUAGUUUCUGCUGAGUGAUUAUUAUUAGAGCUUUUUAAUAAUUGGCAUUGAACUGGUACAAUCUCUUACUGGAAUCUUAAUUGUAAUCUGCUUUUGCAUUCAAAAUUGAGCAGUUUUAACUCUUUCAUUAUUGAAAUUCUAUUUUACUCUCCAUUUUUUAAUCAUGUAUUUCUACAAAGUUAAAAGUUAGCACUUUUAAUCUAGCCUUCUUACCAAAUAUUGUCAAACAUUUAUUAGCAAUGGGUGCAGGUUACAAUUUUGAAGCCAUAUGAGUUUAAAUAAAAAUUUUGUAAAAAAAAAAAAAAAUCUAAAAACUUUGUAAAAAUACAAAUACCUGAAAAGAAUUGCAUGUAGCAAGCUGGAUCUUGCUUGUUUAUAAAGUGAUUGUCUUUAUAGCUGUCUCUUGUGAGAGAAUUUGUAACCGCAACUCUAAAGGGUCUGCAGUUUCUAUGAACUGUAAAUUAGAUCAAUAUAAAUCUAUUUUACAAAAACUGUAAAUACAUCUGAACCUUCCCAAAAUGUAAAAAAGCACCCCAUAAUAAACAUGUAAUAUAUAC